UCUCAGGUUUCAAUGGAGGGGCCUCCUCUCCGGGGCUGAUGGGGCUGAGUGACGUGGAAGAAAGGAGGAGGCAGAAGAGGAGUAGAGCUGCGCGGAGCACAGGUCCCUCUUUUGUCCUUCUUCUCUGGGACCCCGACACACAUGCAUGGGGGUCAAGGUGGACUGUGACGGCUGCAAGAGGACGCCGACACACGCAUUUGCAAGCACACGUGGACGAGACUGUGAAUGCGCAUGCGCGGUCGUGGGCUAAUUAGGAAAACCUGGUCGAGCAAUUAAGCAGUAGGAGGAGGAGAAGACGCGCGGUACCGAGGACACAAGAGCUGAUUGAGCUCCCUGCUCUCUGUUGACACCAUGAGUUGGAGUUUCCUGACUCGUCUCCUGGACGAGAUCUCCAACCACUCCACUUUUGUGGGGAAGAUCUGGCUGACGGUGCUCAUCAUCUUUCGCAUCGUUCUCACAGCCGUGGGUGGUGAAACCAUCUACUACGAUGAACAGAGUAAAUUUGUGUGUAACACACAGCAACCUGGAUGUGAGAAUGUUUGCUAUGACUCCUUUGCACCACUUUCCCACGUACGAUUCUGGAUUUUUCAGGUAAUUAUGAUCACUACGCCCACUAUCAUGUACCUGGGGUUUGCCAUGCACAAGAUUGCCCGCAUGGAUGACAGUGAGUAUCGCCCAGCUCGUAAUAAGAGGAAGAGAAUGCCCAUCGUGAACCGUGGGGCAGUUCGGGACUAUGAGGAGGCAGAGGAUAAUGGAGAGGAAGAUCCCAUGAUUGAGGAAGAAAUAGAACCAGAGAAGCCUGAAAAAACAGAAAAACCAGAAAAAGGCACUGAGAAAAAGCAUGAUGGUCGUCGCCGGAUUCUGCGCGAUGGCCUAAUGAAAGUGUAUGUGUGCCAGCUUCUGUGGCGCGCUGCCUUCGAGGUGGCCUUCCUCUUUGGUCAGUAUAUUCUUUACCAGUUUGAGGUGAAAAAAGACUUCGUCUGCACCCGCACCCCCUGCCCACACACCGUGGACUGCUUCGUGUCCAGACCCACAGAGAAGACCAUCUUCCUGCUGGUCAUGUAUGUGGUGUCUUUUCUCUGCCUUCUCCUGACCAUAAUGGAGAUGCUCCACCUUGGAAUCGGCGGCAUUCGUGACACCUUCCGUAACAGACGAGCAGCCCAAAAACGUCAACCCCUGCGGCCUGUGUUAUCCCGUGCAAUCCCUACGGCUCCUCCAGGCUACCAUGCCACCAUGAAGAAGGAAAAACUGAAAGGGGAUCUGAGGGAAUCACCCCUGGCCGACUCUGGGAGAGAGAGUUUUGGGGACGAAGUAGAGCGUCUGAGGAGGCACCUGAAGUUGGCACAGCAGCAUCUGGAACUGGCCUACCAAGCUGAUGAAGGAAGCCCAUCACGGAGCAGCAGCCCAGAGGUCAACACUGCCGCACAGACAGCUGCUGAGCAAAACCGCCUCAAUUUUGCUCAAGAAAAGCAGGGCGAGUCCACCGAGAAAGGAAAAAGUCGUAAAAAAAAGAGUUCAGAUCCUCGGCCAGUCUGGAAGGUUCCUGUACAGCUUCAUAGUCCUACCUCAUGAGCAGGGAGCCCCCAAAAAACUGUCCCAGUCCCAGCAAUGGAAAGGAAUACGUGCCUGAGCGCGCUUCCUGCCUCAAAAACGUCUGCUCUUCCAUUCCUACUGGCCUUAAACACAUGGAGGGAAGCACAUAUGGAAAUGCAGUCAGACCACUGAGGGGAGACCAAAGUGUGUGUGUGUGUGUGUGUGUGUGUGAGAAAGAAAUGAGCCUUUCAGUAUUAGGGGAUGGGGAGGGGGGCAGUUUAAGAACUGAAACCAGCAGAGGAGAAGAAAAGAAAUGCAGACAGAGUUGUGCUGUGAUAAACGCUUCAUUUCCACCCACUGUAAACUUUAAUCCCUGCCACAUCUCAACAUUUAUGCCGCUCCAGUCUGGUACAAACUCCAGCUCAGACCUCAUCA